AUGUCUGGUAAAACUGUCCCAGAACAAUUAUCCAAUUAUAUUAAGGAAAGGUUUCAAUUUUUACGAGAAGAAAAUGCACGUAUGGAAGAAAUUUUAAGAAGACUGAAGUUUUUAAAUGAAGAAAUGAGGAUACCAGUAGAUAUAUCAGAAAAAGUGUCUGAAAUAAAAGAUCAGGUAUACAAUCUAGAAGCAACCACAUACAAAUCUCAAGCAGAGAGGUUAAGAAAACAUCACAAUUACCUUUCAAAGUUAAAAAUAUGUAUCAAAAUAUAUGUUAAUAUUAAUGAACGACUCUCUGAAGAUAUAAAGACAUCAAAAAGGGAACUGGAACAGUCUAAAGAAAAAUUAUGUGGAAUAUUAAAUCUUAGCAGUGAACAAAUUCAACAAUUAGAAGAAAAAGCUAAACGAUAUGAAAAUGAAGUAGUAAAAUUUGAGAAAAAAUAUCCUUGGUUAAAAGAUCCAAUGUUCAAUUUACCAAAUAUAUCCAAAGAAGUAGAGAAGCUGCGAAUUUUAAAAGAUACUAAAGAAAAGUUAGUGGAAGAACUGAGUGUGUAUCAAGAUCUCAAACCUGACAUUAGUGAAGCUACACAACAAUUAGCACAUAUUAAAGAAGAACACAAAAAGAUGAGCUCUGUACUAUUAGAUAGCUAA